UAAUUUUUACGCGAAUGAUGUUCAAUUAUAUUUGAUCGCAGAGUAUAAAGAACGAUAUAUUGUUAUUAAAAAUCUUUACAUUCAGAAAAUAUUUUAAGGAUCAGUCACUAUGAAUCAUUUCGCAUUUUGUCUUAUAUUUUUCCUCAUCUGCAGUUCUCAGGACUGUUGGGGGAACAGUACAGACAGACUUAAAGAGCAAAAACAUCAGAGCAUUAAUGAAUCCUUGGAAUCUGCAAAAUCAGAGUUAAAGAUUAAAACAGAUGAGUAUUUAGGAAUACUUGAAGAAGCAUUUACGGGAGGAAUUAAAUUCAUUAUGAACACAACUAUCGACUCAAUAAAAAAAGUAAAUUCAACAUCUGAAGAAUUAAAAUCGUCUGUUAAUGAAUUGAUAAUUAAGAACAUAACUGAAAAAUUUGGAUUAUUCGAAGAAAGUACUUUAGGAGCUGUUGGAAUUAUUUUAAACACAACCGACGAAUCAGUGAAAAAACUCAACUCUACAUCUCAAAAAUUACAAUCGUCUUUCGAUGCAGAGUUGAAGAACAAAACAACGGAAUAUGUGGAUUCACUCGAAAAAGCACUAUUAGGAAGCAUCAAAUUCAUUACAGACACAAACAAAACGCUAGAGUCAUCUUUCGACAAAGCCAAAGAGUGGGUGGAGAUCUUGGAAAACAAAACUACUGCUGGAGAACAAUUAGUUUCUCGUACGCUUGAAAAUGCAAAUAAGGAGCUUGAGAAGAAUGUUAAUAAGACAUUUGAAGAUACUCAGAAGAUUCUACAAUCAGCUGGUACUAAUGUUUUGUCGUCAGUUCAAUUGAUGAAUAAUGCGAGCAUUGCUGCGAAAGACAGAACGGAGAAAGAAUUAAAAUCCCAAUCUGAGUCUGUUAUUGCUGAGUUUUACCAAAAGACGAACGAUUCAUUGAAAACAGUGGAGUCUGUUAUCGAGCAGAUGAACAAGAGCGUUGUGUUGUAUCUGGAAGACUAUAAGAUUAUGAGAGAGAACAGUUUAAGGGAGACAGAGUACGAAGAAGAAAUUGCUAUACAGAAAUUAUUGAAUUCUGAAAAAAGUAAAUUGGUUAAAGAAUUAUACUGUGAGAAAGAUAUAAUCAAAAAACAGUUGGAAGAAGAGCUUCAGGAAAAAAUAAGAGAUCUAGAAAUGCGUAAUGAUCUGCUAAAAAGAGAAUUGGAAAAGAAAAAGCUGGAAGUUGAGGAAAAAUGGAAUGAAGUAACUGAUGAACGCAACUUCAAAGAACAAAUUAGAAAAAUGAAAGAAGAGUUUAUUGCUGAUAUGAAAUCGGCGUUUUCGCAAAACAAAACGGAAUUUCUGAAGGAAAUCAAAGAAGCUGUUACUGCUGAAACAGCAGUGCAAAUGAAGAGUGUAAAAACAAGCCUCGAAGAAGAGAAGAAUAGAGUAAAAGGAGAGUUAAUAGCUGAAAUUGAAUCAGACCUUGAACGCAAAGCAGAAUAUUUAGGGAAAAUCAGAGGUGAUGCUAUUAAUGAAAUAUCAAAACAAGGACAGAGUACGAAAACAAUACUUGAAGAAGAAAAAGAAGAAUCAACGUUAUCAUUAGAAGAAGAUAUAAAGGUAUAUGAUGAACAAAUAAAAAAACUGAAAAUAGAAAUUAACGAUAAACUAAAAGAAUUAAUGACAUCAGUAACAAAAAGAAAAAACAACAACGACAAAAAUAAAACAGCUACCGUCUCACGAUUUCCAGUCAUUAACAAAGAUAAAUUUUAUAUCGUAAUAACUUCUCCAAAUAUCAACGAAAAUAAAACAGAUAUCAUCUCAUCCUCUCCAAAAAUUACCGAAAAUACAACGAAUAUUGUAACACCUUCCCUACUUAUCAAAGAAAAAGAAGUAAAUAUCGUCCCAUUCUUUCCAAUAAUCAAGAAAAAUAAAACGGAUGUCGUAACGUCGUCUCCAGUUGUCGAAAAAAAUGGAACAGAUAUCGUAACAGCACCUCCAGUUAUCAACAAAAAUGAAGCAGAUAUCCUCCCAUCUUCUCCAGUAAUCAAGAAAAAUGAAACAAAUAUCGUAACAGCUUCUCCAGUUAUCAACAAAAAUGAAACAAAUAUCGUAACAGCACCUCCAGUUAUCAACAAAAAUGAAGCAGAUAUCCUCCCAUCCUCUCCAGAAAUCACCAAAAAUGAAGCAGACAAAAUAUCUUCUCCAGUAAUCAAGAAAAAUGAAACAAAUAUCGUAACAGCACCUCCAGUUAUCAACAAAAAUGAAGCAGAUAUCCUCCCAUCCUCUCCAGAAAUCACCAAAAAUGAAGCAGACAAAAUAUCUUCUCCAGUAAUCAAGAAAAAUGAAACAAAUAUCGUAACAGCACCUCCAGUUAUCAACAAAAAUGAAGCAGAUAUCCUCCCAUCCUCUCCAGAAAUCACCAAAAAUGAAGCAGACAAAAUAUCUUCUCCAGUAAUCAAGAAAAAUGAAACAAAUAUCGUAACAGCAUCUCCAGUUAUCAACAAAAAUGAAAGCGUUAUUGUACCACUUCCAAUUUCCAACAAACACGACACUGAUUCUGACCAUGCUCCAACUAAUCUAACUCCACAAAUUAUCGAAACUUCUACAGAAAUAAAUGUAAUUGAUAGAAUUCACAGCUUGUUCGCUAAAUUUCAUUCAAAGAAUUAG